GGCGGGGCAGGGAGGCAGCAUGCUAAACCGGGUGCGCUCGGCUGUGGCGCACCUGGUGAGCUCGGGUGGCACUCCGCCCCACCGCCCUAAGUCUCCCGAUCUGCCCAACGAGAGCUCCACGCCGCCUGCCGCCUCAGAAAAGCCUAAGAGCCCCCCGGCGAGGCCUGGGAGCGAGGUCAGGGCACCCCUGAAGACCGCAGAGACUCGGGCGAGCUUCUCCAGACCCACCUUUCUUCAGCUGAGCCCCGGGGGGCUGCGACGCGCUGACGACCACACUGGCCGGGCUGUGCAAAGUCCCCCCGACACCGGUCGCCGCCUGCCCUGGAGCACAGGCUAUGCCGAGGUCAUCAAUGCUGGCAAGAGCAGGCACAAUGAGGACCAGGCUUGCUGUGAAGUCGUGUAUGUGGAAAGCCGGAGGGGUGUUUCUGGGGCCUCCAGGGAGCCUCCCCGGAACCAGGGACUCUGCUUCUACUACUGGGGCCUGUUUGACGGGCAUGCUGGUGGCGGAGCCGCUGAAAUGGCUUCCCGGCUCUUGCAUCGCCACAUCCGGGAGCAGCUGAAGGAUCUAGUAGAAAUACUUCAGGACCCCUUGCCACCUCCCCUCUGUCUCCCAUCCACUCCAGGAACCCCAGGUUUCUCAGAUCCGUCACACGUGGUCGGCUCUCAGGCCUGCUGGUCUCCACAGAAGGAAGUCACCCACGAGAGCCUGGUAGUAGGGGCCAUCGAGAAUGCCUUCCAGCUCAUGGAUGAGCAGAUGGCUCGGGAGCGGCGUGGCCACCAAGUGGAGGGGGGCUGCUGUGCGCUGGUCGUGGUGUACCUGCUAGGCAAGAUGUAUGUGGCCAAUGCAGGUGACAGCAGGGCCAUCAUUAUCCGGAAUGGUGAAAUCAUUCCAAUGUCCCGGGAGUUCACACCAGAGACUGAGCGCCAGCGUCUUCAGCUGCUUGGCUUCCUGAAACCAGAACUGCUAGGCAGUGAGUUCACCCACCUGGAGUUCCCCCGAAGAGUUCAGCCCAAGGAGCUGGGGCAGAGGAUGCUGUACAGGGACCAGAAUAUGACUGGCUGGGCCUACAAAAAGAUUGAGCUGGAGGAUCUCAGGUUUCCUCUGGUCUGUGGGGAGGGCAAAAAGGCCCGGGUCAUGGCCACCAUCGGGGUGACCCGAGGCCUGGGAGACCACAACCUUAAGGUCUGCAGCUCCACUCUGCCCAUCAAGCCUUUUCUCUCCUGCUUCCCCGAGGUACGCGUGUACGACCUGACGCAGUAUGAGCACUGUCCAGAUGAUGUGUUAGUGCUGGGCACAGACGGCCUGUGGGAUGUGACCAGUGACUGUGAGGUAGCCGCCACUGUGGACAAGGUGCUGUCGGCCUAUGAGCCCAAUGAUCCCAGCAGGUAUACAGCUCUGGCCCAAGCUCUGGUCCUGGGGGCCCGGGGCAUCCCCCGGGACCGUGGCUGGCGUCUCCCCAACAACAAGCUGGGUUCCGGGGAUGACAUCUCGGUCUUCGUCAUCCCCCUGGGAGGGCCAGGCAGUUACUCCUGAUGGGCUCAGCCCCAUCCCUCUCUCACUGCCACCCCAGCCUUUCCAUACGUCUCCCGGUCCCAAAAAUGAAGUUGUGUUCCUGCCUCUUGAGUGGCCAUUUAAUUGACAAAGGAAAGCCCACUAGAUCCAGAAUUCCAGCAACUGACAAAUAAACCAGAUGGAUAAAGGUGUGUGUCAUUCUUUGCUUGACUGGAACCUGCACAGUAGGUGAUGGAAAGAACAACAGACCAUUCCUAAAAAUGUGACUGCCCAGAUUCGUCUACUGCCCUCUUUGCCCACUCGGUGUGCUUGCCGCGAGUGGCUGCAUUUGCCUCAUCCAGCUGCGGUUUCUUCCAUCUGCCGAUACCCACCAAGUCUGUGUGUCUGGCCCAAACCUUUGCUGAGCUUUAAGACCCAUGCCUCCAGUCAUCUCCCAAUCCUCUCCUCUGUGGUACUCUGGUGCUUCCGAGCAGUGCACCUCAAACUGAAGUGACCAUUUCCCUCAUAAAUAACAGUUCUGCUUCAUCCUUUUAUGGCCACCGUCAUGACUGCUCAAGUUAGUAAUCCCGCAGUUGGCCCUACCUGGCUUAUGUAUCUUCAUUACAAUUCUCAACUGCUUCAAUCAUGUGGGCCAUGUAACGUUUUGGGAAAUCAGCUGCCUGUAUGAUGGUAGAUGCAGUGUAGCCCAGCUGUGUCCUAGGCUGCGCCAGCUCAGUUUGUGUAAAUAUACUUAUUGCUCUUCAUACAGGGAUGGAAUUCCUCAGCAACACGUUCUCAUAAUAUGUUUAAUAUUAAGAGAUGUGUGACUCUGCUGUUGAUUAUUUAAAAAAUCUUUCAUAUUUGCCUUUAUUCCUGCCUCCCUAGUCAUAUUAGCUCUUUAUGACACCAACUCCCUAAUUUCAGAGGCUCCUUAUUGUGCCCAGAACAGACUUGAAGUUGGUUCUAAGCAGGAUCGGGUUGCUAUUUCCUUCUCUGGCUUCACCAUCUUCCUCCAAACUCUGUGGGCUUGUCAGAGCUCCAGCUUGCUUUAAAUCUCACAUUACCAUUUCAUGCCUAUUUCACCUGUCCUCCCGGUCUGGAUAUCCCCCAACCCCUACACGCUGCGAAGGCAGUUACCCUCCAGGAUUAUAACUGCCCAUAGGGGGAGCCAAUGGGGAGUAGCCGUGAAGAGCAGGGACUCUCAAGUCCGACUGUUUUGCCCCAACACCCCUGUAACUUCUGUGAGCCUCCAUGAUGUCUCUAUAAAGUGUAGAUAACAGUACUGCCUCAUAAGAACUGUGCGUAGUUAGUGUGGGUAGGGUGAGCAAGGUUCAUGUAAUAACGCUUCAAUCAAUGUUAGCUACGUUAGGUUGCCUGUGUUCUUCAUGUAGGCUGUUCGUUAUGUGAAGGCAGAGACGUGUGGUUAGUAACAACUCUGUUCACAGCCAACCAGCGCUUACUGAAUGAAUUAAAAGGCUCAGGUGCCAAACUGC